AUGGCGUGGUCUCCGGCGCAAAAGAAAGCAGCACGCGACGCCCUCCGCAAUAUCCGCGGUCCGGGCGCAGCUGCCAAAAAGGCUAACUUCGUCACGGACUUUGCCACGCACUCCGUGAAUGCCGGCGAGCGCCGCUGCAUUGAAGCUUGGAGCCGCCACUGCGCAGAGCCGCACGCAGCAGGCAAGUUCACCUUGCCUCUUGAGGCCGCGACCGCCUUCGCAGCGCUGGCCAGCCGAGGUCCUAUUCCUUCUGCUCCGGAUACGUCGUUUUUGCGUCGUCUCCGCGUCUUCCGCGCAGGUACUUUCCACGCCGUGGCGGAGAAGCUGCCGUCUUUCACGACGGAGAAGUCAGGGCAGCAGCAGCUGCGGCGACUCGCCGUUCACGCGCCGUUCCUGGGGUACUUAAUGUACCGGGACGCGCAGGUUCUUUUUCCGCACUUGCCCGACUCCGUCACUGUCGGCGACGGCGCCGAGUCGACUUUGACGGAGUGUACCCUGGGGGCCGACUUCUCCACGGCAGCCGAGCAAUUGCAGGCCUUUUGCAAGAACAAGUGCAAAGGCCCCCGGCGCUCCGCCGGGCAUAAGCAGCCGCUCCGCGCGCCUCGGCCGCCUCUGGCGGCGCCUCGGUUUCCGCACGAAGCCACGCGGGACUACUUCCGGCUGAUGCCAUCUCCCCGCCGUCGACCCCUGCCCGCUCUUCCCGUGCCAAAAAAAGUGUGCGACCGCUUGCCGCCCGUCCGUGGCGAGCGAGCGGUCUGUGAUUCCGCGGAUCAGGCCUUCGUGUUGGGUGAUGAUCUAGGACGCCUGCUGCUGAUUCAGUGCGACGAUCUCAGCGAGUCUUGGAAGACAUUCUACGUCUCCUGCCUGCUUGCUUUUGUCAUCGAUGUGUUUUCGCUCUUUUCCUUAGUCUACCCCUAUGUGACCCACAACGUGCGACAACGCGGUUGCCGCGCGGAUCCUUGCGCUCAUUUCUUCUUCUUCACCGCCAUGCACUACCAGCUCGAACUCAUGAAGCCAGGUACGACAACAAAGUCGACUGCAGCCCCGCCGGCUGCGAAAGCAGAGCCGGGGACCGCCUCGGAGAUGCCUGCCGCACCCUCCGCUGACAUCUCCACCUCCGACGCCUGCGACGCCGGCGAAACGACCCUCGCCAGCUGCUGCUCCCCUGGCGAGCCUGACCCCACGCCGCAGCCAGAGGGCCAAAGAGGCCAAGAGCUCGCGGUCAUCCACCGACUCCUCACCGAAGCCGCCUUCAUCCUCAUCCUCAAGCACAUCGGCAACAAGACUCACCCCAGCGUGCUGUAUCAGUUCAAAGAUCACUUGACGCAAUACUUGCUGGCAGAGUACAUGCAGUUGUCGUUCUCCUUCGACACUGCUCCGCCUUGGGGCAAGGCGCUCUACACCGGAGGGGCAAUGAAGGGCCCGUGGCCGCCUUACAAUUUUUGCAUAUUAUGCUCGACCAACCCCAGCGUGGCCCUGUGGCGCGCGCCACCGCCACAUUCGUGCGGCCACCUCGCUUUGCAUUGUCGUCCCAGCUCAGACGGGGACAUGAUCUUGACGCUGGAGGGCAACAAUUUUGGACUCCGGCCUCUCAUGGACGAGCUCCAGGUCUCUGCCUCGGACGCCGGCUCCGGGUACGUACGCCGCACCCACCCGCUCCGGCUGCAGGACGAGACAGACCUCAACCUGCUGCAUGCCAUCAGUGUCAGGCCCCGCUGCUGCUGCGCACGCUCCCUUGCAGGCGCCUUUGACGUCCUUGACCCCUGUCGGCCCUUCCACGCACAUGUGCACCGAUCUGGCGCGGGUUUCGCGGUGUCGCCGGAUGAAAGCACCUACUUGGAGACCACUGCGAGUCUGGAGGAGGAGCCCGUCGCAGCAACCGCCCCCGUCGCACCGCCCAUCGCGGUGCCGCUCCGCGGCGGCGGGACGAAGGCGCGCGCUCAAGCCACCUCGUCCACGCUCCUCCGCCAGACCCUCACCGCCUGGCGUUCGGCCGCCGCGGCGGCGGCGAUCCUGGGCAGCGACUCGGGUGGCUCGGCCAGAUGGAGCGAGAGCGAGGCUGGUGCGGAGGGCGGGUUUUGGCGCUGGACGGGCGACGUCCGGGUGGAGGACUGGGUGUCACCUUCAAAGGGAGCCGACCAACGACCGCUGGGUGCGACGCCGGUGCCGGACCAGAGCAACAAGGCUACACCGGCCAAGCUCCAAGUCCCCAGAGAGCAGACAAAGCUGCUGCCCACCUCGCGGAGUCGCCUUCUGCCAUCGCCGAACACGGUGGAAGACCUAGGCAUUCGGGGAAUGCCAUUGGGGGUGGGGCAAGCCGGGUUCAAAGUGCCAACAGUGACAGCAGUAGCAUUUGACGUGUCCCAGCCUCAGGUGGAUCCCUCCGAAUUGGGCGCCUUCAUGGGUGAGGACUUCUCCUUGGCGCAAACGCUUCGCUUGGCCUUUGUCCAUACCAUGGCCGGGCUCCAAGACGUCCGGCCGAGCCAAGAAGUCGUCGUGACGUCCUCGGCGAAGCGACGAGAACGUCUUCAGCUACAUGCGACCCCCACGGGAGCUGCACAAGAUCGUGAAGAUGAAGCAUUGGAGUGGGCCCUCUUCACUGAGGCCUGCGGGCGGAGAACAGAGUGGGUCUCUUGCUUGGCGCAAGAUGAGACCUGCGACGCCGCCACGGGCAAGUGCAGCUCCGGCCCCGGCGAGCCACACGGAGGAGCCUUGGUGGAUUUGAUGGUGGCGGACGCCACGUCCGCCUCCGCAGCCACGGCCACGCUGGAGCUCUCGCAGCGCCAGGCUUGUGAUGUGUCCCUGCUGAUCAACGGAGGAUUCUCUCCUUUGAAGGGUUUCAUGAAGCAAGCAGACUACGACUCAGUGGUGUCGAACAUGCGAUUGGCCUCCGGACAUUUGUUCGGGCUGCCAGUGGUCCUGGACGUCAGCGAUGAGUCGUUGAAAGGCAAGAAGGUGCUGCUGACCUACAAGGGAAGCAAGCUCGCAGUCUUAGAGGCUGAGGAAGUGUGGAAACCUGACAAGGUGAAGGAAGCCAAGGCUAGCUAUGGCACCACCUCCACCGAGCACCCCUCAGUGGCCGAGCUUUUUGCGGACUUGGGAAAGUUUUACGUGGGAGGUCAGUUGCAUGGCCUCAUGAAAGGCUUCGAUGUGGUUUGGGGCAAGGGCUUCAACACGCCUGCGCAGGUGCGCGCUGCAUUGCCUGCAGGGAAGCAAGUGGUAGCCUUCCAAAACCGAAAUCCGGUGCACAAAGCUCAUUUCGAGCUCUUGGUUCAUGCCAACAAGGAUGUACAGAACUCCAUCAUUUUGGUCCAUCCCACCUGCGGCCCCACGCAGCCGGGUGACAUUGAUGGGCCCACCAGAAUCAAGACCUACGAAGUCCUCCAAGAAGAGCCAGAAUACAAGAAAUGGGCUGGAGAGAACUUCCGCUGGUCCUACUUGCCAUAUUCCAUGAAGAUGGCUGGCCCACGCGAAGCGAUUCAGCAUAUGAUCAUCCGGAAGAACUUUGGAGCCACACACUUCAUCAUAGGUCGGGAUAUGGCUGGAACGAAGAGUACCUUGACCAGCGAGGACUUUUAUGGGGCCUAUGAGGCUCAGGAGAUGGGCAAGAAGCACUCGCAGGAAUUGAACGUGAAGGUCGUGGACUAUCCCAACAUGGUUUAUGCACCCCGGCAAGACUGGCAAGGAAUGACCAGUGAAGAGUACGGCGAAUACGGAUACAUUGCAGAUGUGGAUGCCAAGGCCAAGGGGCUCAAGAUCAACAAGCUCUCAGGGACAGAGUUUCGCAAGCGCUUGCGAAGCGGCGAAGACAUCCCGGAGUGGUUCGCCUUCCCCAAAGUGGUGAAGGUGGGGCAAAGCAAACCGCGCGGCGGAUAG